UGGAAUAAACCGGUGGGCGAUACACAACCUGUUUGGGUAGAGGCGCUUAUAGUUGGAAACUUGGGAACUUUUUGCAUGAGAUAACAGAGUUAACGGCGUAAAAUAAUGGAAAUCCUGAAAGACGUUUGCAUCGAAAGGGCACCCCAUCGAUUAGAAACUGCGUAUGGAGAGAUAUUUACGAAAGGUGCAUUGCAGUUUCUACAGGAUCUGUUCGCCGAAUUUGAUUGCGAGGUUGAAAAGCUGUUGAGACGGAGGCUUGAGCGACAACUGAACAUCAAGCAGGGCAAAUGGAAACCAGAAUUUAGGAACAACAGCGAAGAAUUGGAUUGGAAAAUUAACGACCUACCCGUGCGGCUCAGGAAUAGAAAAUUGGAUCUAGGAGAUGUCAGUCCAGCAAACACGACCAAUUUCGUCGAUAGCUUGUAUGCCAAAGUCCAAGGCAUUCAGGUCGACUUUGAUGAUGGUCAUUGUCCAACGUGGAGAAAUACGGUGCAAGGAUUAUACAAUGUAACUGCAGCGGUGCACGCCAGGCUACCAGGGUCUCCUGCCAAUAUUGAAGAUUGUCCCAUUUUGAUGCUCAGACCGAGAGCUUUCAACAUGAUUGAACACCACUGUAUGGUGAACGGAAAGCAGGUUAUCGGACCCUUGUUUGACUUUGCCAUUCUGAUGUAUCAUAAUGCUAAUUUAAUGGCUGAGUUAGGAGUUGGGCCUUACUUUUAUUUAUCAAAGAUUGAAGGCCCGAAUGAAACUCAGUUGUGGAACAAAAUUUUCACAUGGACUGAGCAUCGACUGAACCUGCGAAGUGGAACGAUCAAGGCCUGCGUCCUUAUCGAAAACAUUCUUGCGGCCUACCGCAUGGAAGACAUACUUCACUCUAUGAAAGAACAUGCAAUUGGAUUGAACUGCGGCAUUUGGGAUUACUCGGCGAGCAUCAUUGCCAAGUUUGGUGACAAACCGGAUUUUAUGAUACCUGAUCGCAACAAAUAUGUUAACAUGGGCCAACCUUUCUUGAAAAACUAUAUGACCUUAUUGAUACACAUUUGCCACAAACGUGGAGCAUUGGCGACCGGUGGAAUGGCUGCCAAAAUUUUACCUAAUGGAAAAGGAUCAGGCAAUGUCAUCGAAGAAAUUGUAAAUGGCGUCAAGUCAGCAAAAUCUGUCGAAAUUGCCGCCGGCGUGGACGGGUUCAUGAUCUAUGAUUUGCGAAUGGUAGAUGCGAUCAAUGAAUUAUGGGACUGGAAGUGUCCAACUGAAAACCAACUGCAUUGUCUUCCCGAUAUUGAUCAUGUAACAGGGUACAGCCUAAUCAAGAUUCCAGAGGGUGGUGUAACGAUGCAGGGAUUGAGUAACAAUAUUACAGUGGCCUUGUUAUUCAUCUACCAUUGGUUGACCGGAAGCGGAGUGUUCUAUUUGAAUGGGGCCGUCGAAGAUUCCGCAACAGCGGAGAUAUCUCGUUCGCAAAUAUGGCAAUGGAUUCGUCACAAAGCACCAAUUGAGGAUAAACCGGACGUGCACGUUACUAGGGCAAUGGUUUACACAAUGCUGGAAGGCAUUAUUGCCAAAGCGUACAAAACCUGGUGCACCUCGAUACCGGACAGGAAGCGAUUGCUUUCGUCAAAAUAUAUCCUGUUGGAGAUUAUUUCAUCGCGUAGCUAUAUUGAGUACAUUACAACCUACCUCAGCGACAGCCACAAAUUUCGAACACUACAUAAUAAAAACGAUGGACUUGAAUCAAAUUGUAAAGUGAAAAAAUGGUAACAUAUUAGGACUGUUUGUUGAACAAUAGUAACAUGCGGGUUAAAUGAAACACUAAAUUUAGCCAUCUUGCCAUUCAAUAAUCUGUUAUGUUGAUAGAAUAGUAAUAUCAUAGCAAUACUAAGGUUUGUAUAUGUAUAUUCCUGGUAUAGAAUAAUUGUUAUUCAUUUUAAAAAAAUAAUGCUCAAGAUUGAAACGAUGUGCAAAACGGAACUUCGACUGUUAAUAAAGAAACGACAAAUAGGUAACUACAUAAACAUACCUUUUUAUAUCACUGAGUGUCGUACAAAGCAUUGUUAAAUCCAAUUUAUAAUUGUUCAUGAUUGGAAAAUUUUAAAUGUUAGGUAACGUCAUCGGGAGUGUGAAUGGGUCUAAAACGUAUAUGUCCAAGUUCAUUUUUGUAUUACUCGUGCAAUUUCAAUUAAAAUAUUCUUUUAAGUAUGAGAAUACGUUCAUGUGCAACUAUUUUAUUAUUUGAAAUUCGUAAAAGCUUUUUUCGCUGAUUUAUUUAAUAUAAUCUACUAAUUGAAUAGCUCUACUGCCCAUACUCGCAAAGCAGUCCCAUUUCAAUUUUCAUCAUUUUUGAGUUUUCUUCAUGAAUCAUGUUUAUUGUUAGUGUACUUCAUGGUAUCAUACUUAAAAUUGUAUUUUUGUAUGGACAAAAUGCGAAAAAAAUACCAAAUCAUGUGCGUCCCAUAUUGAAAGUACCCGCAUAACAGUCACACUAGUAGAUUACGACGAAAAUUAUGUACCCUUAUUCCUAUUUUGAUUUCUGUAAUCUUGCAUCGUAGUUUUCAUCCCAUAAGAAAAAAAAAAAUGCUACAAAUUACAGUGUUAUAAACUAUCUGCACUCCAUAACAAAUGUUGUUUUUCAUGUUUGUCUAGAAUGCUUCUUUUGCGAUGAGUGAUUGAAACAUAUCUAGUCCUUAUGACAGUCUAAAUUAAAAAUAAGAUAUAUAGCUUCCCUCUAAGUCAAACCUAUAGCUGUCAUAACUUUUAUCUUCUGACCAAUUACCUAAAUCUCCGGUAGGUUCAUCUUUCUAACGACAUGGAGAGGAAGCUUUUUGGGCUAACAUGGGAAUUAGUAUACCACCACUGGUAUCGUCGACUGGUCAAGCAGUACGUUUAGCGACACUAAUGGUGAUAAUUAAGAAGGUCCAAUGAAAAGCCAGCAUUAUGGAUAUCUAAGAAAUGUCUAACAGCUUUGUCGAAAUCAGGCUAAUCAAAACUUACCCGCUUGAGUACCUGUGUGUCAGAUACUACAACAUGCUGCAGGUGAAUCCUAACUACUUUUCCUAUAUGGUCGGCCGCAACGCAUUCAUCAAACCCAGGAAUGUCUUGAGGACUGUCACUAUCACCACCAUAUUAUUUUAUAUUGUAUAAUAAGUAUUGCAAUUAAAAUAUGAAAGCACUAUAGUAGCAAAAGGAAAAGUCCCUUGGAAUCCAUGAUAAACUUGGCAAUAAAUGUGUCAAGAUGUGCGAUAACUAAGUAAGCGAGUCCCAAGUAAUGGGACUGGUAUGCGGGUAUAUUUGAAUUUGAAGAGGAAAGUACUCGGAUAGAAAGAAUUGAAUAGAAAGUACCAUUAAAAUUGUACUUCACAAUUCAAACUAUUUGCUGUGAUAUUUCAGAUUACGUUUUGACCCAUGUUCCACCUCUCUGACCCAUUGUCACGGUAGGAAUUUUAUGGACGUGACAAAAUUGAUAAGCUUACGAAAUAUAAAAAAGGUGUACUUCUGGUAAUACGCAUCGAACUGUGCAAUACGGAGCUUCUUAGCGAAUAAGGUACUCAGAAGACAGGUUUCUGUUAGGUACAUUUUUUGAGUAGGCAAAUGAUUCUCUUUCAAUGUUGGUUCAAAUAAAUGGUUGAAAAAAA